GCGGGGUAGUGACGCCAUCAGCCGGCGCCGGCCCGGAGCGGGGCUGAGAGAGGAAGGAGCUGCGCCGCUGCCGCCGCCAUGGGGGGAGGAGACCUGAAUCUGAAGAAGAGCUGGCACCCUCAGACCCUGCGCAAUGUGGAGAAGGUGUGGAAGGCCGAACAGAAGCAUGAAGCCGAGCGGAAGAAGAUUGAGGAGUUGCAGCGGGAGCUGCAGGAGGAGCGAGCCCGGGAAGAGAUGCAACGCUAUGCAGAGGACAUGGGAACAGUCAGGAAAAGAGAAGAGAAGCUGGAGUGGAUGUACCAGGGUCCUGGGGGGAUGGUGAACAGAGAGGAGUAUCUGAUGGGCCGCCCUGUGGAUAAAUACGUCUUUGAGAAGACUGAAGACAAGGAUGCAGGUUGUUCCUCUGAGACAGGGCUUCUUCCAGGCUCCAUUUUUGCCCCCACAGGUGCCAACUCUGUCCUAGACAUAGCAAACAAAAUCCGUGAGGAUCCACUUUUCAUGAUAAGAAAAAGAGAGGAAGAGAAAAAAAGAGAAGUUUUGAAUAAUCCUGUAAAAAUGAAGAAAAUCAAAGAACUGCUGCAAAGCAGUUUGGAAAAAAAAGAGAAGAAGAAGAAGAAAGAAAAGAAAAAGAAGCACAAAAAACACAGACAUCAAAGUUCCAGCAGUGAAAGUUCCAUCAGUGAUGAUGAGCGUAGCAGAGCAAAAUCCCAAAGGAAGAUGGAGAGUUCUUUUUGGGAAUCUGUUGGUCAUAAAGUCCCAGGGUAUGGUUUACAGUUUAAAGAUCCUGACCAAAAUCACAAGUCUCAGAGUUCUCCAGUUGCUGGCCAGGAGAGGGCACCCCACAAACACCGAGACCGUUCCAGGUCAAGGAGCCAGUCCCGAUCUCCUCAGAGACACACUAGCAAGAAGAGUACUUGGGAAGAGGAAUCUGGACACCAGAGGUCAAGAUCUCCAUCCAGACACAGUAAACGGUACAGCACCAAAGUGGAUUGGAAGGAAAAGGGAAGAACUAGAAGCCCUUCCCCGAAGAAAGGAUACCGCCGACAGCAUGCUUCAGGGUAUACUAAAAAGAUCUCCGCAGAUGAGCUAGAACGCAAGCGUCAGGAAAUGAUGGAAAAUGCUAAGUGGCGGGAAGAAGAGAGGGCAAACAACAUCAGGAAACACCGAAAAGAGGAGGAGCGAGAACGAGAGCUGCAGAAACUUGACUCCCGAGAUGGAAAAUUCCUGCACCACAUAAAACUAGAGAGUGCAGCCACUUCCUCUCUGGAAGAUCGAGUCAAACGCAACAUCCACUCAAUCCAGAGAACACCAGCUGCCCUGGAAAAGAACUUUAUGCAGAGAUGAACCUUCCUCUCCUCUGUCCAUGUGCUGGUUCACUAGGACUUCUUUUUAGAACCAUUCAGUAGGUGCGUCUUCCUCAAAACGGAGCUGCUCCAUGUAGAAGGGAAUUCUCCAGCAACCUACACAUACUUGCAAGAGCAGUUGCCAUCCUGGCAAGAGUUGGAUUUCUGUAUGUCAUAUUUGGCCUUCUAGCAUUGUGAAUGUAUUUGUAACUUGAGUUUGAAACUGCAGCAAACCUUUAGCUGGAGUUAUUCUGAAUCUUUGUGUUAGUGUUGUCAGAUCUCUUCUGUUCUCCACCUAAACCAGCGGCCGUUUUUAAUGCUGUUAUCACCAGACACAAACUGGUGGUGUAACUACUUAUUACAUUGGACAAAUUGUCCUAACUUUUUGUAUGACUAAGAAAGGAUCUAUUUUAUCAGUACUUUUAAAAUCAGCAGGACAGAUUCAUCUGUGAAGUCAAUCCACAGACUUCUGUGAAGUUACGUGAGUGGCAGACUGAUAAAAAGUUGCUUGGUCAGUGUUCAAUGUCCCUAGUUUGGAAAUGGGUAAGGAGAGUGUCCAGAGUUAAUUCCAGCCAGAAUUUAUAAGAUACAUACAGAUUAGUUGUUUCAGUUGCUUACAGGCUUGAAUGACAUGUCAGCUAGGAAGAGACUUGGGUGAAAAGAAAAAUGAACAAGCUAUAGGUGAUGCACUAAACGUUCCUCUGGGAUUUUGUACCGCAAGGGAAUGUGUGUGUAUGUAGAGAUAAUAGAUAUCAGCCUACAUUGUUGUUUUUAAAAUACUAUUUUUAACUGUUCUAUUUAACCUCUCCCUUGUGGUCUUGUAAAAGAGUCAAAUUCUAUUUGUAGUGAAAAGACCUGGGACCAAUGACCUGUCACUGCAAUAUGUUACAGCUCCUUGAGAAAAUAAUAAAAAUGCUCCUCCCCA